UUUCUCAAAUCCACUGUCCGAAAAUUUUCCAAUUCUCUCUCUCUCUCCCAUUUCUGAAAUCUCUCUCAAAAGGGUCUCAGAUUCAGUGCUCAGAUUUUGAAAUGGAGACUGGCGGUGGAAAGAUCAAGAAGGGCGCCGCAGGAAGGAAGGGCGGUGGCCCAAGGAAGAAGUCGGUGACUCGCUCCAUCAAAGCCGGCCUGCAAUUCCCGGUCGGUAGAAUCGGCCGCUACUUGAAGAAGGGAAGGUAUGCUCAGCGUGUCGGCUCUGGAGCUCCGGUCUACUUGGCCGCCGUGCUUGAGUACCUCGCAGCUGAAGUGCUGGAGUUGGCUGGAAAUGCAGCCAGGGACAACAAGAAGACCAGGAUUAUCCCAAGGCAUCUGCUACUGGCUAUUAGGAACGAUGAGGAGCUUGGAAAGCUUCUCUCUGGGGUUACUAUUGCUCAUGGAGGUGUCUUACCCAACAUCAACCCAAUUCUGCUACCCAAGAAGGCUGAGAAGGCCGGAGGAGGAGUCACCAAGGAGCCCAAGUCCCCAUCGAAGGCCGGCAAGUCACCCAAGAAGGCGGCUGCCUAGAUUCUGUGAAUGGUUGCUUGUGUAGGGUUUAGUUUGAAUUGCUCCAUUUGUACGUAAUCGAUCUCGGUAUCCAGGAUGUUGGUUUUGUUAUUGUAGGGAAAGUUCCUAGGAGAUCUAAAGCUUUUGUUAUCCUUACAUCUUCAAUGUUUAUUAUCAAGUUGUUUGGGAAUUAAUUAAUGAAACGCCCUGUUUCUGUGAUGUUUUGUGUUG